AUUCGCGAGACUCAUAUCAAACUUUGUCAUGCCGGAAGUCAGGCGACCUUGUAUGCAAUUAGAGAAAAUUAUUGGCUGGUAAACGGAAAAAACCGCGUCAAAGAAAUAAUCCGAAAAUGUGCAGUGUGUUCUCGUUGGCGCCCCUUGACUCCUGAGUAUCAAAUGGGCGAUUUGCCUAGAGUUAGAUUUGCAGGCUCGAGACCUUUUGAAAGUGUUGGUAUUGAUUUCUGCGGCCCAUUCUUUAUUAAGGAGAAAAAGCAUCGUAACCGUAAUAAAAUUAAGAUUUACGUUGCCGUGUUUGUGUGCUUGGCUGUCAAGGCUGUUCAUCUAGAAAUUGUUAGCGAUCUGACCACCGAGGCUUUUAUAGCCUGUCUAAAACGUUUUUUCGCACGCCGUGGCAGAGCUCGAGUGAUCCAAUCGGAUAAUGGCACAAAUUUUCUGGGCACAAGCAAUCACUUAAGGUAGUUGUAUCGCGACAGUAUUAGUCAAAAAUAAUGGUCACACUGCAUACGAUAAUGUACGGAAAACUACUUAUCUAUGUAAAACUUUUGACUAAACUGUACCAUUUUCAACCAAUCCUGUAUGGUCUUACCAAUCUGGCAACACUGUAUGCUCGCGACUCGCGUCAGUAAUGUCAGUAUACCAUUGAGGUUAGCUCGCGAUGCUCGCGUUAUUGAGAUUAUUGAGGUUAUGCUAUUGAGGUUAUUUUGAAUUAGAAGAAAUAUAAGCGAAAAUGUCUGUUGUACGUUACAAAGGAAGAUUAAUGAAAGAAAAAGUAUUGAAGAAAAGACUUAAAGCUUUAGCGGCAAUGUCUGAAGCAAAGAAAAAGAAAAAGUCCUGUCAAGAAGACAAUCAUUUAUGUGUUGGAAGACGUAUUGUAGAAGUGUCCGAGCUUGCCAAAAAUCUAACUUGCUGUUACUGUGAAAAAGAUCUUUCACUUAAAAAUGUAGUAAACGAAAGACGACUUGGUUUAAAUUCAAUUUUAAAAGUACGUUGUCGGGAUUGUUCUACAUUUACAGAUGUUGCUACAGGAAAAAUUCAUACAUCAAAGGAUAACUCUAAACACAGUGAUGUAAACACAAAAAUUGUAUUAGGAGCUGUACACGCUGGAGUUGGGUGCUCGGGUAUAAAUAAAAUACUGGCUUGUAUGAAUAUACCAUCUAUAACACCAAAUUUAUUCAAAAGAUAUGAACGAGAAGUUGGACCUGCAAUAGAAGAAGCUGCUAAAGAGAGUUGCAAGCAGGCUGCAAAAGAGGAACGACGAUUAAUUGUAGAAAAUGUUGAAAAGCUCUGUCAAGAACUGUAAGAUUUUGUUCUUUCAUUUUUA